AUGAAGUACAUUAAACUUGUAAUCAAUAAUUAUGUUGAAACUGAAUAUUUAAUUUACAUAAAUUUAGCUAUACAAUAUGGAACUGAUAUUAUGGGUAAAUGGAUACAAGGUGACCCAGAAGAAAGAAAAUUACCUGAUGGUAGAAUUACUACAUUUAACAGACUAGCAAAAUGA